AUAAACGAACCCAGGCUACCAAACAAAAAAAAAAAACGAACCCAGGUCUUCCCUCAAGUCCUCUCUCUCUCUCUCUCUGAAAACCAGUUCUAGCGGAAGGAAGAACUGCUAUCAAUAAUGCACCCAAUAAAAGUAGAUCCAACAAGUAGAACAUACCAGUGUUAAGACAAACUCAGUCAAGGAAAUAAUGGAAACUGAAAUCCAACGAGUUGACCAAAACAGUGAGGCAGACCCAGUCAAGGGAAAAGAAGUUACAACAAAGAGAGGAACAACGCCCCCACUUAAUUUCCUGGCGAUCUUGAAUGAUGCAAACAAAUUGAUCGACGCGUCUUCCCCUGACGAGCUGUGUGAUAAGCUCUAUGCUGGAGUGUUCUUAGAGCCAAAUGCACUGAAGUAUUUUGUUGACGAGAAGUUCAACAAGAAUUGCUUCAUAGUGUUUGCCCGAAAACUUUUAAUCAGUUGGGCUGAAAAUCCUGAUUAUUGGAAAUGGACCAAAGAGAAAGACGUGAGUGGUGAAGAUAUUGAAGUGGCUGAGCUAUCAAAGGUAUGUUGGUUGAACAUUGAAGGGACGAUUCAGACAAUUUAUCUCUCACCAGGAACUGUGUAUGAAGUUGUGUUUGUCGUGAAGAUGAAAGAUGAAGGUAUCUGUAACAUGAGGAAUUUCUCGGUGACACUUACGAUCAUUUUCCCACGUUCGAAAAGUUUAACGCGCUCAGCAAAUUUAAAAGAAAAACCUUUAGGAAAUUGGAUUGAGAUCCUGGUAGGUGAGUUUACAAUGUUACCAGAAAAUGUUGGAGACAUUUCAUUCAAACUGGGAGAAUAUUCUUCAGAUUGGAAGAAGGGGUUUGUUGUGAAAUGUGCCACAAUUCGACCGAAGAACCACUAGGCACUUGGAUGUUAAGCUUUAUCAAUGUAUUCAAGGCGACGAAUGUGUGGUCAAAUAUGUGUAAUUAACAACCAAACUAAAUUAUAUAUUACAUAUGUAAAAUUAGUCUUAGAGUUUGCUCUUCCUCAAA